AGGCUUAUUGAAGAGCAUAUUUAUUGUCUGAAGUAGGGUUCCCUCACAAAUAGACAUAAAAGAGUUUUGUAGCAGGGUUCAAAUAAGCCCAAUUUUGCAAAAUUCAAGGGAAAUCAACUAAAAUAGUACCUUGAGAUUUGAGCAAUACAGGAGAACAAUGGAGCCAACAAAAAGAUCAGGAAAACAAACACAAAUCAAUCAAGAACAGAUCACAAAAAGAUCAAAAGUGAAAGGACAAAAUGCCAUAUCUAUUGAAGACUUGAAUGCAAGGAAAGCAGGCAACAUCUUUGAAGGGGAUGUGCUCAUUGUCUAUAAAGCCACACUUGACAAAGUGAACAAAUCAAGGCCUGUCCUCCUUGCAGAUCUAACUGAUUUGAAAGCUGAAAUGACAAUUAUAGUUAAUGUUACUGGUGACCUUGUAGAAAACUAUGAAGAAAAAAUAGUGCCAAAUUCUGCGAUUUGCAUCUCAGGAUUUGAUAUUGCCCCAAAGACAGACUACGAUCGUGGUGACAGUGACUGUAUUCUAAUCCUCAAAGACUCAACAACAAUUGAAACAAUGCCACGCAUGUGUCAAGAAUACAAUUUCAUACCAAGCACCACAAUAAAACAACUACGCUUUAGUACAAAUGAGUACCCCAUUGGAACAAUUGGUGCCUUGGUAACAAGGACAGGCAAACAAGGUUCACAGUACACACUUGACAUCAAAGAUGGUGACAAUGAAACACACAAAGUACAGUUGUACCUGCACCAAAGUUUUGGCCAGCAAUGCCUCACAAUAGAAGACCAUCUACAAAUGAAUGAAAUCCCUCCAAUGUUGUUCAGAAAUGUUGUAAAAAAAGUGGACCAAAGAAUAACAUUCCGCACAAGCCUUUCUACAUUCAUAUGCAAACUCAACGACAAAAGAACAUUGGAAAGGCUCAAUGGCUUACUGAAUACAACUUAUGAGGUUGAUGGUAUCUUAAAAGUGGCAAAUCCAUUCUCAGUUCCAUUCCAUGCAUUUUGCCCACAAUGCAAUUAUAAAUUUGAGAACUAUGGCAUGCUUGAAGACAACAGUGCUCACUGCACCAGGUGUCACAAAAAAGUAAACUAUGUAUACUCACUUCAGCUGAAUACAAUACUUACAGCAGAAAAUAAAGAAACUAUACAAUGCUCUCUUGAUAAGUCCACAGUUGAACAAUUGUUGCCAGCACUUCAAAAUACUACAUAUGAAGACUACAAAGAAGACAAAUCAAGAGUUAUCUUCAUUCUACGUGAUUUUACAACAAAAGGCCACUUCACUCUCAACCAAAACAACCUCAUUACUCAUGCCUUUGUUCUUCACGAAUGAUUUCUACAAAAAGGAAGGAGAGAAUCUCUAAGGCACAAAUCACGAAUACCUGUCAAAUGGAAGAACUCCUCUCAAAUAGACUACUACUGGUUAACAAAUAAAAGCAAAUUAGAUACAAAUUUGCUUUCUCUGUUAAAACUUUAUAUUUAUCUUGCACUCUACAAACUAUUGCUUACUGCACUAUAAACUCAACAACUUUUCUAAAAUGUUGCUAAU